AUGUAUGCUUCUACUUCCUUUACUUCUCAACUCGUUCAUGAGCUUCUUGUAGAAUCUAACACAAGAAGGUUACUCUUCCAAAACCCAGUAGAUCAUCGAUCACAAACCAACUCCCCUGUUUUAACAAACAAAAAUAAUUCAACAGACUCACAUUUUGGAGCUCUUGAAUUCGAUUCAAACGUUGUGAUGAUAGUUGCAGUUCUAUUGUGUGCACUUAUAUGCUCACUUGUAUUAAACUCCAUUAUAAGGUGUGCCUUGAGGUUUUCUAACGUAGCCAUCAACAACAACGAAACUUCUUCGCCUCAGUUGGUCAACAAAGGAAUCAAGAAGAAGGUUCUCAAGACAUUUCCCGUAGUGAGCUACUUAGAUGAGUUAAAACUGCCAGGUUUGGAUGCAGAGUGUGUGAUAUGUCUCUCGGAAUUUACAAAGGGCGAAAAGGUGCGCAUUUUGCCGAAAUGCAACCAUGGUUUCCAUGUCCGUUGCAUUGACAAAUGGCUAAAGGAACACUCAUCAUGUCCCAAGUGCAGACAAUGUCUUCUUCAAACAUGUCGAAAGGUUGGUGAGUCGCAGGUGCAACCAAUUGUGCUGCCAGUGCCAGAAAUCAGUAUAAGGAUUCAACCACUGGACCAUGAAGCUGUUGAACGUAACUAUAGGGAAGAAAGCAAAUAA